AUGCCAGUGUUUUAUACACCUAUUCCCCAGAACCUGCGCCUGGGCCUGGCCUAUGCCAGCGGCUCUAUCUUUGGGAACAACAGGACAGGUGACAGCCAGGAACACAACUAUAUUACAGCAAAUGAAGUAGCAUCACACCUGCCCCUUCAAAUGCUGCUGUAUUUCAAUGCCUUCUACUUCCCUUUCUGGUGGCUUUCUGAAGUAUUUACGCUGGAUGUGAAGUUUGACCUGCUGCCAAGAUACUAUCAAGGUCUUCUAGUGACGGGGAUAGCCCUGCUCACAGUAUUUGAGGGCCUAAGGCUUUACCUUGGCUAUGUGGGCAACCUGAAGGAAAAGGUGCCAGAGCUGGCCGGCUUCUGGCUGCUCACCUUCCUGUUUCAGCUGCCCAUCCUGCUGUUUUUCCUGACGGACGAGGGUACCAUCAUCUUGCCCCUGGAGAGGGCUGUGCACUCCAUCUACCUCCUCUUCAUCGUCUCUGAAGUUCUGGCAGCUUUCCUCGCCCUCAGGACCAUGAGCCGGAAGCUCACGCUCCAGUUCCACCUCCGCCAGUUCAGAGAGGUGGUGAGCCUGCAGCCCACAGGCAUGACCCCCUUCUUCAGCCUUCCUUACGGAAGAAGCGUGCUGCCAAUGCCCUCCACUAAAGACAUUCAGGUCUGA